AUGUCCCCAGCAAAGGAGCCGGCCCCCAACGAAGGGAGCAACGGCGAAUCCCCAGACUUGGCUCAGGUAUCGUCAACGCCUCUCUCUCUCCCCUCCCCCCCCUCCAACAUGCCCAGUCACCCCCAGCGGACCGAGCUAGAUGCUAACCCGGACCAGGCAUACCGCGAACUGGCAAAGGGCGAGCAGGCCGCCACAGCGCUGGAGGCGAACCUGACCAAUCUCGAGUCCAAGCUCGAUGCCAUGCUCUUGGCCUUGGAAGACAAGGCCGGCGGUGGUGGUGAAGAAUGCAAGGAGGCACGGGCGUGCCAGGACAAUGGCUCCUAG